UUAUUCGACGCAAACGCGGGCGUGGAGGUUUUGUUGACAAACAAAGCUCGUGCUUCCUGAAAGUUAACGUUGGUCAUACGAUGUCAACACAGCUCGAUGCGCUACACGCACCGCCUAAUCCUGUUAGUAGUCAUUGUCGUCGCUUUGUUCUCUUUACGCGUCCUUUACCGACGGACAGACCGCACGGGCUGUGUCUCCGCCUCCAUACGGAACUGGUGGGCUGGCGACAUCGUGGACUUCGAUAAUGCCGACAACGUGACAGGCUUCGACUGGCCCAUCGUGCCCAACGUCGUGCACUUCGUACGCCUGGGCAACGCGUCGCUCACCUUCACUGAAGCUGUCUGCAUCCGAGCCGCGUGGAUACAACAGCGGCCCAGCUCGCUCGUCGUGCAUUGCGACCGGUGCGACGAGUCGACGCGCUCGAGUCCGCACUGGCCGCUGGUCGCCGGGAUCCCCGGCCUGCGGCUCGCGACUGUCAAGAGGCCGCGCCACAUAUUCGGCAAACGGCUCAGCUCCAUCUACCACGCGUCAGACAUCGCGAGGCUCCGAAUUCUGCGCAAGUACGGAGGCAUCUUCCUCGACGGCGACUCGUACCUCGUGCGCUCCUUGGAGCCGUUCCGGCGCUUCGAAAUGGCGCUGGGAUGGUACCCGAAUCAAGCACUCGGCACUCAGGUUCUUGUAGCCCACAAGAAUGCCAGGUUUCUCCAACUUUGGUACAACUCGUACCGAUACUACCGUCCCGAGCUGUGGUACUGGAAUGCGGGACGCCUUCCCACAGAAAUGAUUCUGGUGCCAAGGCCACACCUUGUUCACCGCGUGCCUUAUGACUUUGGCGUGCACAACGUGGCACACCUCUUGUACGGUGUCUGCAAGCCCGACUGGAGACAGUACUUUGCCAUUCACCUCUUGUUUCGGCACCGGGACUACUUGGUCACCUCAGAUACGUUCGGGCCAUUGACAGUGUCAAACGUGGGCCGCUACAACAGAACAUUUGGCCAGAUGGUCAGGCUGGCUCUGUUUGGAACAACAAGGCUCGGAGAUCACCACACUCUGAAAGACCCUAAAUGGUUUCUCGAAAAUGAGCUAGAGUAUGCCCUGGAUGCUUGCUGAUUUAAGCUCAAUUUUGAUGCACUGGACCGUCGGCAAGUCUUCGGCGUGACUUCUCCUUUAUGACCUGACCAGCUGCCCUUGCAAACCUACUGCACCUUUUGUGGAGUUGUCCCAGGCUGUGCUCAUCAGGGCAUCACUGAAAGCGUUACUACAUCCAAGCUGCCCACCGGACAACCAGCUGUAAAUAUGUUGUGCAGACCAUAGAUCCCUCCUAUAGUUCAUUGAAUGGACUGAGAUCUCUGAGAUGUCAUAUGACAUCUGAGGACUGAGAUGUCAUAUGAGUGUGGUGUGUCGAUGUGCACCUCCGGACGAAGUGACACUUUCAGUGCUCUCUCUCCUCCCUCUCCCUCUUUUUGGCCUUUAUCCCCCUUUCCCCUGUGCAGGGUAGCAAACUGGACAUGCGUCUGGUUGACCUCCAUGCCUUUCCCGUUUCUAUUCUUUUUCUCUCACUGAGCAGGACAAGCUACCGUACUUGCUCAAAUAUAGGCGGACAGUUUUUCUUUAAAACACGAUAAGUAUGAAAGUUGGGAGUCAGCUCAGAUUUGAGAAUGCAGUUCAGCCGCAGCCGCCAGACACUUAGUGCACCUCAGAUCCACGAUAUUCUAGGCACUAUAUUGCAACACAGCCUCGGAGACCCUGCGGCAUGCCACAAAAUCUGGGAGGCCAAGAUUGCAGCUGACAGGUUGGUGUGCCUCGUUUUCUUUGAACGUAGCUAUGUCUCGUUGUUGACAAGGACAGUGCACUGUAGGAAGAGAGAGAGACAUAGAGGCUAGGUAUAUUGACAAAGACGACAAGUGAAUACUGUAUUGCAUAUGCUUGCAAUGGCUGUCCAAAACCUUAAUAACACGCAUGUUCUUUGUUGUAGUCAAAUGCCUUCUUUUUGCUUAGUUUGUAUUUGAGAAAACUUUUAAAUUUUCUGACCUUCUGAGUUUUGGGGGUUUGCCUAGAAUCGAGGCUGGCCUAGAUUGAAGUAGGUGCAGUAUGUACUAUCGACCAAAAAAGUUUACUGACCACAGGAUCUGAGAAAACGCUAAAUAUCCGAGCAGCCUUUUAAAGUAGCCAGUAAAACCGUACAUCACAAUGAUGUUCGCUUAUACCAGUAGAGGCUGGAAAUGGGAAUACUAGGCUUUGUUUUGAGGCUGCAGAGAUAUUCAGCUUUUUGUCGGAUCCCUUCGUCUCUAAACUUUUUGGGUCAGUAGUACGUGUACAUAUAAGAUGCUUCAGCUGUUUUAUGUCACGGGGUAAACUUUCAAAUUAAAGAAAGUGUAUUGAAGAUGGUUUACGCGAGAAAGGGAGGAGCACAGUCUCUCAGUUUGUUGACAAACAUGCUUUUUGAUUGUCAACCUGGCUGCUAACCAUGUGUUCAUUAAGACCAUGUUCAUCAUGCUUCUGUUUGUCCUGACCCAUAUAUUGCCAGGUAGGAUUUGUAAGCUUGUGCUUGCAAAGCGUUAUCACAUUCAAGUCAUUAUGCAAGAUGUGCUCGCGAUAUCAGUGUUUGUGAAUCUCAGAUGUUGCCACAUGUCGCAAGACAAACUCAUCUAGAGUGUAAAAAUUAAUGCAGCAUAUUCUCGAAUUUUUUGACAUUGAAUUUGGCAUU